GCGCGCACCCGCUGCUCGACACGCUGCGCCACAAGGCGGCACUGUUGCAGCAGCCGCGCCUCUCCAACAACGCCCACCACGUGCCCCAGGUGAUGCUGCCUCAGGACAUGGCGACCAUCCUGACGCUGGCGGCGAUGCAGGACCAGCAGAAGGCGGCGGCGGCUGCGGCGGCGGCAGCGGCGGCGGCCGUCGUCCCUCACCCCAGCGGCACGCCGCCCUCGCCCUACGUUCUCAUGGACCACUCGCCCAAGAACGGUGGAAGUCUCCUUCUGGGUCAUCGGAUGUCCCCACUAAGCCCCAGUAGAGAUGCAACAAGUAAUGGAAAGGCUGCCGUGCCUAUUGACUAUUCCCGAUAUGUUAAGCGCUUCUCAAGUGCAUUAGAAUGUGCCAAUGCUUACUGCAAAGAUCUCAAUUACAGGGAACAUUUCCAUUGCCUAGACUGCAAUUCCAGGGUGUUUGUGAAGAAAGAGGAAAUGAUAAGACAUUUCAAAUGGCACAAGAAACGUGACGAAUCUCUUCAACAUGGAUUUAUGAGAUACUCUCCAAUGGAUGAUUGCUCAGACAGAUACAGAGGGUGCAGCCACAAUCGCAAGCAAACUCACUACCAUUGCAUCAAGGAGGGCUGUGACAAAGUCUAUAUCAGUACAUCUGAUGUGCAGAUGCAUGCCAAUUAUCAUAGAAAAGAUUCUGCUAUUAUACAAGAGGGUUUCCAGAGGUUCCGUGCAACUGAAGAAUGUGGUGCUGUGUAUUGCACCUUCUUUGGACAGAGAACAACACACUUCCAUUGCAGGCGUGAUAACUGCAAAUACACUUUCAAAAAUAAAGCUGAUAUGGAGAAACACAAAACAUAUCAUAUAAAAGAUGAGCAACUGAGCAGAGAUGGUUUCAAAAAGUUUAUGAAGAAUGAAAACUGCCCAUUUGAGAGCUGUCGUUUCUCGAGGGUUUGCAACCAUAUUCACUGCAUUCGUGCAGGAUGUAACUAUGUGUUGCACUCCAGUGGACAGCUGUUCAGUCACAAGCGUAAACAUGAGCGCCAGGAUUCAGAAAUGGCUUACCGCAAAUUUAAGUUGGCACAAAGCAUGAUAAAAACAUUUAGUGAGGGUCAGCAGGCACAACAUCUUAGUCCAUCUUUCAUUCAUGCCUUCAGUGACCAGCUGACACAACCUUCUGAAUCACCUGUGGCCUCAAUUCAGACCUCUGUAAUACAGCAGGGACCAAGUUCAGUGACAGUUGACAGUGGUAUCUGUCAGGCGCAGGGUAAUGGUGAUACUGGUUCCAGUGAUAGUGGGAGAAUCACGCCAGUCUCUGUUGCUGCUACACCUCCAAGCAAAUACAGUAGCACACCAUCACAAGGUAUUGAAAGUACAGCAGGUUUGCCUUCAACUCCAGGACACUACAGUAUGUCCUCUCAGGAGCAAGCAAAUGCGAUGGAUCUUAGUAGUGAAUCUUUGUCCAGUCAGGGUACAUGGCCAAAUGAAGACUUCUGGCAAAAAUAUCUUGCACAUUAUGGUCCAAAUGAGAAAUGCAUCGGUGGUGGUCAGUGUGAAAAUAUUUUUAAAGAACAUUUCCACUGUGUUGCGGAAGGGUGUGAAAUGAGCUUCAGGUCAAUGGAAGGAGUCCGUGAACAUGCACGUAACCAUGAACAACAAGAGCAAGUUAGUGAAGCUUUCUAUAUUACUGUGGAAAGUGGAAAUGACUGUCAAUGUGAAGAAGAAUGCCCAUAUAAGGGCAAGGACAAACAUUACCACUGCACAUGGGACAAUUGCCGUGAAAUCAUUCUUCCAUCAGAUAAACCUUUCCGUCGGUUAGAUCAUUACAAAAUGCAUGAAUAUUCUCGCAAAUUAAGCCUGACGAAAGACCCUCUUACAAUGACACAUCUGGCUACAUCCAUUGAUGGCAUGUUCCGCAGAAAGAGAGGAAGGCCACCAAAAAACAGAGUCAUUGAGGUGUGGAAUGACUAUUUUCCCAUGGCUCCUGGCUCUGUGAUGGACUCACCACAAGCCAUUUUUACUAGCUUCAAGUUGCCAAAGCCAUCUACUACCCCUACAAUGCCAGGAUAUGGCACUCAGCAACCAAAUUUCACAGUAUUAACUGCUGAACAAGUCAAUGCAAAUAUUGCUACAUCUCCUAGCAGUCCAGAUGAGAGCUCAAAGAGUUCAACACCCAGGCUUGAUUUGCUGCAAGAAGGGUUCUUCUCAUAUGCUGAAGGGUCUCCCUGUCCUGAUGCCCUUUGUCCAUUCAAUACAAGGGCUCAGCAUUUUCAUUGCAGUCAACCCAGGUGCUUCUAUGUGACAGACCGUGAAGACAUUCUGAUAAUGCACUCCAAAGACUUUCAUGAUAACAUUGAUAUUAUGGAAGGUUUUCUAUUCUUUGACAGAACUGUGGACUGUCGCCUGCCUUCUUGCCAUAGCAACAGGGUCAACCGUCAUUUUCACUGUAUGAGACCUGGCUGUGGCUAUUCCUUCGUACGUUAUUCAACAAUGGCUGUACAUGAGAAGAAACACCGUUCUGAGGAAGCAGGGAAUGGGGAAGCAGAACCUGAAGGUACUCAGAAGAACAAUUGUGAGUCAUCUCUAUCUGUACAGAACCUAGUGAAGACCAGUGAAAGUGGUAUGUCACCAGUGCACAUAAAGUCGGAGGUUGUCAAUGAGAACACAGUCCCUGUGAACUGCAGCUCACCUGUAGAGCCAGCUGUGACACAGACAUCUGCUCUCACAGUGUCUUCUCCAGAAACAUCUUUGAACAGAACUACAGUGGUGAAGGCUUCUGGGACUUUUUACCCGCUCUCUGCGUUUUCGUGCGAGCCGGUUGCGGGUGCGGGGGGGAAGGGGGGUGUUCCGAAAUCAUCCUGGGGCACGUGUCCCUCGUCCCCUCCAGCAUCUGCAUCCGCCAGGACCGUCAGUGUGCCAGAUACUACAAAGGGUGAACCCUGCUUUGGAGCUGAUACAUCAGCGCAGCAGUCACUGACAAGACUUCUGCAGCAGCCACAGAUUAUGCAGGAAUCGCCACCUCGUCCUGACUGGAUGCUUCCAGAGCGGCAUGUACGUUACGGUCCUGAAAAAUCAUGUAGUCGGCCAUUCUGUAAGCUGAAAAGAAAGGAACACUAUCAUUGCAAUGCAUGCAAUCAGGCCUUUUCUGAACUGGAAAGACUUCGACCUCACAUAGCGAAGCACAGUUCGGGAGCACUAAGUCCCUCUGUCAUCAAGAAAGAAGUAGAAGACAACAACAAUGAAGAAAGUAGUGACUCGGGAAUCAAUUCAGCUGCAUGUUCUGGUGUUCCGGUAUCUGGCAGCAGUACAACUGGCAGCUAUGAGCAGGCCCAGAUCCUGGGACAUAGCAGUUCCAGUUCUGAGCAACCCCAGCCACAGGUCCCACAUCAGCUGCAACCACAGCCCCCAGCCCCUGCAGCGCCUCCUCCUCCACUGCAUGCACCAGUCUUCCCACCGCACUCAUCAGCUGCAGCUAGCUUCAAUGCAGCCAUGGCAGCAGCAGCUGCUGCAGGGCAGCAGUUUGCACUGAUAACAUCACAAGGACUGCCAUUCAUACAGCCUGGGUUACCUGCCAUAUAUUCAUCUCCUGCAGGUUUAAUGUUUGCUGCUCCUGUCCCGCCUCCUCCUGGGCUACACCCACAUCAUCAUCCCAACGGGUUGCUAGAACACCAUCCAAUGGUUGCAGAAUCUGAGCAGGCUAUGGCACUGGCAGCUGCCGCUGGCAUCAAGCGUUCUAUGUCACCACACAUUGGUCCUGGAGGGCACACACCUCUCGACAUGAGUCCAGAGGCGAAGAAGGCACGUGUUCAGAACACUAUGCGUAUACUUAAGGAUGAACCUGUCCCAGAUGGCUAUGUCAGAUUCAGGUUUAACGAAGACUGUAAAUACCCCCACUGUGGCUACCGAGAACACCAGACCCAUUUCCACUGCAUGAGAUCAGACUGUGGCUACAGUUUUUGUGACAAAACACGCUUUGUGCAACACACAGCGAGGCAUGAGCGCCUGGACACACUAAUGGGGGGAGAUUUUCAGCAGUUCCGGGCGAAUGUGGCUUGUGGGAGGCAAGAGUGUGUAUAUACAUCAACACUUGGUGCAAUGCAGAAUAAGGCAUCACACUUUCAUUGCCUGAAAUGUGAAUUUGUAUGUACUGACACAAAUAAAGUAGUGGCCCAUAGACGUCAGCACCAGAAACUUGACUCUAUUAUGGCAGCUGGCUUUGAGAAAUUUACCCCUUCGCAGCCGUGCAGCAUAGAAUCAUGUGCACAUUCAGGAAAGCAAACACACUAUCACUGUCUGAGUUGCCAGUAUGCUGUUCUUGGAUUGUCGCAGAUGUCUGCCCACAAAUACAGACACAUGGAAUGAUAUAGUGACACAGUUCUAAUGAUUUUUGUAGUGUAUGCCCAUCCUGGUAGAACAGGAUACCCAAUUCAUGGCAGUGAUGUUAUUAAAGGAAGAGAAAGUGUAAUUAGUGAUUUAUAAAAAUACAAUAUAUCAUAAAUGCAAAUAUGAUUGAUAUACUCAAAUACUGUAAGUAUUUACAGUGAGGAAUAAAAUCCCAGUCAAAAGGGGAGAUAUUCACAAUAAGCGUGAUUACUACAAGUGAGUUUUAAGACAACUUACUUUGUGUAAUGUGUACUGUCACAGCCACUACCUUUUUGUCUGUGGCUUCAAAAAGACUCCAGUAUUACUGUUCUGUGUUUGAACAUGAGAAACAUAAUGAUUUUUGUAUAUAAUGAAAUACAGUGCUAAACAUUUUUAAGUUUGUAAUGUUUAUUUAUAUAUUUGAUAACACCAAGACAUUACCAUUGUAACAGUACUUGUGUGACUGGAUAUCAGAAAGCAUUAAAUCAAAGUGAUUGUUAAUUAUUUAUGAAAAUCUACUGCAUUCAUUGCAAGUGUAUAUAUUUCAUGUUGAGAGAGAUAUGAGUGAAUGAGUUAUUGUGAUGUGUUAAGUUCAUAAGCAGAAGUCAUAUCAUAGCUCUAAGACAUUUAUUUUUUUGAAAUGAGACUGUGUUGUAAUCAAACAUUUGUGUAGCACAAACUAAAGUGUACAAUUAAUAUUUAUGAUAUGAAUGUGGCUUUGAUGCCAAAACAGAGACAUGAGUUACAAGAAAAUGGCUUACAAGCUUUCCUACAGCACCACUUAUAGGUGUGUACAUCUUAAGUGUAAUGUGUAUAAGUCUGUAUUAAAUAAAAGACAUCAGGAAAAGGCAACAGAAUGUGAAUAAGAAAUUGAAUCCACUGAUAAAUGAAUGGUUUAGUCAUAGUAAAAAUGAGCAUUAUUGCUCAUUUAUGUAUAUCUAGGGAUCAGAAAUACUUUGUAAAGACAAAUUCAUUUUCCAUUAUGUAGUAUUAUUAGCAGUUAUUUCAUUUGAAGUGGUAUUUGCCUUAUAUUUAGGUACAUAAUUAUGAUAUACACAUUAUUAUGACAGUGUAUUAAUAAAUAAUUUGUGCCUUUAGAAAAGACGUGUUGAGAUAUAACAAAACUGUAUCUAGUUUGGUAGAGUUUUUGGGUAGGUAGCAGUUGUGCCUUACAAGAUUCAAGAUGCCCCCUUUUCCAGGCCCUCUUCUGUAGUGCUUAUAUUUGUUCCAUGUAUUAAUCUCGUAUUCCAGAUGUAAUAUGUUUAUUAUACAGUAAUUGUACACAUAUGUUAGUCAUAUUUUUGUUGCUCAGAUGUGAAUAUGUAUUGUGAAUAGGUAAAUGUGAUUAUUCCAUAAAGAAAUUCUUGUAAGUAAACAUACAACAUUUAUACUGUGGCAUGGAUAAAUUAUAUGAGAUCACAUUUUAAAAAUGCUGGCCAACCUUCCAAAAAUAUAACAAUAAUAUAUUGACUGGAAUUAAAAAUUUUCUAAGAUAAAUCUAAUAGUACAAAAACUGUUUUAUAGAUGUUUUACUCUAAAUUUUAUAGUCCAAUUUUCUCUUUCAGAUAUGCAUUAAUGUGAAAGUGAAAGAAAAAAUAUUGAUUCACAAAUUUUAGUGCCUUAAAAUCUUUUAUCAAAAUAUGAUAUAAUUUUUCUAGUAUUAUAUGUAUAGAUGAUAGAUACAGUUUUGAAGACAGUAUUUGUUUAACGUUUUUAUAGUUUGGCACUCAGAGUGUCUGAAAUUAAAAAUUAGAGAUGUUUUUUUUUAAUUUUUUGGGGCCCGCCAGCAUACAAAUGUUCAGGCAGUGCUUAAUUUCAUGAGGUCAUGAAUAAAAAUUUGAGACUUGUCAUGUGUGUGAUACCUGAUUGGCUGUUAAAUUGCAGUCAUGGUUACUGCUGAUCAAUAACAAAAUAUAUAUAGCUAUUUAGAAUCGGAAUCAACAUAGGCUAUAAGCACAUUGACAAUGUUUGUUUCAGAAAUGUGAGAGGAAUUUUAUCUGAAAUCUAUAUCUGUUAAAAAAGUGAGUUGAUUUAUAAAACAAGAAGUUACAUUGGAAAUUUACCACAGUAAACAUUUACAACAAGCGUUAGCUGUGUGCCUUUUUCCAUAUUGGCUGUCAAAAUUGACCAACAUUUAUAAUCUCAAGUAUUAAGAAAAACAUGUGAACUUAAGUCUUCAAUGUAGAUGCAUUCCAACAUAAAUGUUUUCUUCUAAUAUCAGCCAUAUUUUGAUUUUGCCCAUAAUAAUUGUGUUUUGGGAAAUGAGAUUUUUUUUACCUGUGCCAUAUAAAUACAACAUUGAUGUGCAGAGUUUCCAUCAGUUACUCAUAAAAUGCCUAGUCUGCACUGUAUCUACUAUGUUUGUUUUAUAAUAAUUGUGGCUGCAUGUAGGAAAUAAGAAUAGUUAUGGAUAAUAUGUAAGUAAUAAUUUGAAAUGUGAGAAAAACCAAAUGAUUAUUCUUAAAAAAGAAAGUGUCUGUUGUACAAAGAUAUU